CUGUCUGAACACAGAAACCAGGCUCAGGUCCCAUUGCGGAGCGGGGGUCCGCUCCCUCCCACUUUCAACGAGACUUCCGCCGGCCGUAAAGCACGGCGCCAACUGCUGCAAAGCGCCUUGCGACAGAGCCCGGGGCCGAACUACAGCCGGUAACCGCCCCCACGUUAAACAGUAGGCUAUCCGGAGCCGAGGAAGGCGGACGCUCGCGUGUUUGACUUCCGCGCUCGGCCUGCGUCCCCCGGAGGUGGCUCGGAGCCGCCGCGGCCAGGAAGGGUGAGCCCGCGCCGGCGCCUCCCGGCCGCCAUCAUCCCGGCGUGCACUGCGGCGGCGGGCCGAGCUGGCCGCCAUGUUGCGAUAGUUUGUUGUUUUCUUCCUGAGGAGGAGCAGGCUGGAGGCCCAGCCACCUGCCGGCCGCGCAGCCAUCCGCCCCCAGGCCCGGCCCGCUGCCCCCCGUGUCUCGUCCCCCGCCGCGCGUCUCCGGGCCCCGGCUGGCCCGGCGGCCCCCACAGCUGGCUUGGUGGGGCGAGGCUGAAGGCCGGGCCCAGCGAGCACUAUGGCGGCCGCGCUGGGAGCGGGCGGAGGAACCGGCGCUGGAGAUGAUGACUUUGACCAGUUUGAUAAGCCUGGUGCGGAGCGGUCCUGGAGGAGAAGAGCUGCAGACGAGGACUGGGACAGUGAACUUGAAGAUGACUUACUUGGAGAAGAUCUGCUCUCUGGCAAAAAGAAUCAAUCAGAUUUGUCAGAUGAGGAGCUAAAUGAUGAUCUUCUACAGAGUGAUAAUGAAGACGAAGAAAAUUUCAGUUCUCAGGGUGUCACAAUUAGUCUGAAUACCACAUCUGGCAUGGUCACAUCAUUUGAACUGUCUGACAACACUAAUGACCAGUCUGGAGAACAGGAAUCCGAGUAUGAACAAGGAGAAGAUGAACUCGUUUAUCACAAGUCUGAUGGAUCUGAACUGUAUGCUCCCGAGUACCAGGAGGAAGGACAGUAUGAAGGCCACGGGGCUGAGCUGACAGAAGACCACAUCCAGUACGCGGGGGAGCCGGAGGAGGAGCCGCUGUACAGUGAUGAGGUGUUAGACAUUGAGAUCAACGAGCCUUUAGAUGAGUUCACAGAUGAAGAAUACUUGCAGGCUUGUGGGCAACAAGGGAUGAAAGAGCAGGAAGACUGUGUUGCUGAAGAGGAAUUAGAUGAGAUUACUGAUUCCCAGGUUGCUCCUGAAACUGAAGAGGGAGGCAUGGAAACUUUGGAGCUGCAGAAGGACAUGAAAGAGGAGUCAGAUGAAGAAGAGGAUGAUGAUGAGGAAUCUGGACGAUUACGUUUCAAAACUGAAAGGAAAGAAGGAACAAUUAUUAGGCUCUCAGAUGUAACUAGAGAGAGAAGGAACAUUCCAGAAACUUUGGAGCUUUCAGCAGAAGCCAAAGCUGCGUUGCUUGAAUUUGAAGAAAGGGAGCGACAGCAUAAACAGGGACGCUACGGCUCAAGGCGGGGAGGAAGGAGAGGAGGUUCGUCCAUGUGUCGUGGAGUGGGAGACCAGAGGAGAGAGAACAGUGAGAGGGGAAGAGCCAAGGAUCACAGGCCCGCCCUGCUGCCCACACAGCCACCUGUGGUGGCGCACUCUCCGAGGUUAAUUCCUCCUCCACAGCCUCAGCCUCCCCCUCCGCCGCCACCGCCGCCGCCUCAGCAGCAGCCGAUCAGAAGUCUGUUCCAGCAGCAGCAGCUCCAGCCUCUGCUUCCCCUGCAGCAUCCGCACCACCCCUCCCCUCCUCAAGGCAUGCACCUGCCGCCCCAGAUUGAGGCCCCGAGGGCGAUGAUGACCCCUCCUCCCGUGACUCCACAGCAGCCCAAGAACAUACACAUAAAUCCCCACUUCAAGGGGGCAGUAGUGACGCCCGUUCAAGUGCCCUUGCUGCCAGUCCCGAGCCAGCCGAGACCUGCUGUGGGACCCCAGAGAUUCCCAGGCCCUCCAGAGUUCCCACAGCACGCACCUGGACCUGUUCCCAGCAGUUUCAGCCAGCCCCCGCGGCUUCCUCUUCAGGACCAGUGGAGGGCCCCGCCGCCUCCCCAGGAGCGAGACCCUUUCUUCUUAGGAGGUGAACCGAGGUUCCCGAGCCAUCUCUUUCUGGAACAGCGAAGUCCCCCUCCCCCGCCACCUCCUCCCACGCUUCUUAGCAGUGGUCACCCUGUGCCCACUCCCAGUCCCUUACCAUUCACCCAGCCUGGACCAGCGUUUAAUCAGCAAGGACAGCAGCCUGUGUUCCCCAGAGAGAGGCCCGUGAGGCCAGCCCUCCAGCCGCCAGGGCCGGUGGGGAUUCUGCACUUCAGCCAGCCAGGGUCCGCAGCAGCACGGCCGUUCAUCCCUCCUCGCCAGCCCUUCCUGCCCGGCCCAGGACAGCCGUUCCUGCCCGCCCACACACAGCCUAACCUUCAGGGGCCCCUGCACCCCCCGCUGCCCCCUCCCCCACAGCCCCAGCAGCAGCCCCCGCUCCCGCCCCCGCUCCAGCCACCCUCGCAGCACCAGCCGCCGCCGCCGCCGCCUCCGCACCCACACCAGCACCAGCACCAGCACCAGCACCAGCACCACCACCUCUCUGUUCCUCCCCCGCCCCUGAUGCCCGUGGCUCAGCCCCAGUUCAGGCCUCACAUGCAGACGGGGCCGCCUCAGCCAAACAGCAGUCGGACGCAGUGCCCCCAGCGCCAGGGGCUAAGGCAUAACACAACUUCUCAGAAUGUAACCAAACGACCAAUGCAGCAAAUGCAGCCAACUGCUCCAAGAAACAGUAAUUUGCGUGAAUUACCAAUAGCACCGUCACAUGUUAUAGAAGUGAGUAACAGUCGCUGCUCCUCCACACCGGCGGCUCAAGUAAAGCCUAUUAUCAGCACGUCACCGACCACGAGGCCCGGGGUGGGGCCCAGGACUGCGCAGGGGAAGGCUGAUGUGAAAGUCAAGCCAGUUAGCCCUGUGGGCCGGCCUAAAGAGGAAGCAAAAACAGAACCAGAGUUCCCUGAUGAAGAUGAAGAAACGAGGUUAUACCGCUUAAAGAUAGAAGAACAGAAGCGCCUCCGAGAAGAAAUCCUGAAGCAGAAGGAGCUGCGGCGGCAGCAGCAGGCCGGCGCGAGGAAGAAGGAGCUGCUCGAGAGGCUGGCGCAGCAGCAGCAGCAGCUCUGCCCCCCACCAGCCCUGGCCGGGCAGGAAGAGCAGCUGUCGGCACCGUCGCCCACCAAUGGUAACCCACUGUUACCCUUCCCGGGGGCACAGGUCAGACCGCAUGUGAAAAACAGACUUCUCGUGAAAAACCAAGAUGCCACUGUUUCAAAUGUUCCACCCAAAACAUCCAAUUUUGUGCCAUCUGGUGCUAACACGCAGUAUCAAGGACAGCAGAUGAAACCACUGAAACAUUUGAGACAGGCCAGAAUCAUACCUCAGUGUCCAGCUCAGCACAAAGUCCUGCAGGUAAAGCCUGCAGACGGGGAGGGACCGCCACCCCCCUUGCAGACUGCUCGAGCCGCGUCCCUCCAGGGCCGGCCCCCGGAGGCCAAGCCUGGCACGAAAAGGACUGUCAUGCACCGGGCCAACAACGGUGGCGGAGACGGGCCACACGUCAGCGCCAAGGUCAGGGUGAUUAAGUUGUCAGGAGGGCAGGGAGGAGAGAGCGAUGGCUGUUUUCACCUGGAGGGCCAGCCUCCGCGGCUCGCUCCGCCCCCAGCAGCAAGACAGCAGCCUGCCCGCAAGGUGACGCUGGCCAAGGGGGUGCCUCAGCAGCCCCAGCACCCUCCGGCGGGGGCCCACGUGCACUCAGCCGGCCCUCCAGGCAUCAAGAGCAUCCAAGGAAUUCACCCGGCCAAGAAGGUCCUCAUGCACGGGCGCGGCCGGGGAAUGGCAGGAGCGAUGGGCCGGGGCCGCCUGAUGCCCAACAAGCAGAAUCUCCGGGUGGUGGAGUGCAAGCCUCAGCCCUGCGUUGUGUCUGUUGAAGGGCUUUCUUCAUCCACUACUGACGCCCAGCUGAAGAGCCUGCUGAUGUCAGUAGGACCCAUUCAGAGUUUACAGAUGCUUCCCCAGCAGCGGAAAGCCAUAGCCAAGUUCAAGGAACCCGCUCAUGCAUUAGCGUUUCAGCAGAAGUUCCACAGGCAUAUGAUAGAUUUGUCCCACAUAAAUGUGGCCCUGAUCGUUGAGUGAUUUCUGGCAGGAGAGCCUGACCGUAACGCUGCACACGCGCUGUGGAAUUUCUUCCCGGGAGCUGCUGCGCAGAGCCCCGCAAGCUUAGGUCUCUCCGUCCGCAGCCCUGCGUGGCUGUUGUCCGGAGCGCCCAGCGGCCCAGCACUGAUUCCAGAAGAGCUGGCCUUACGGGACGCGGCAGACUCGACUCGGUGUUAGAUCGCUUCACAUUCUCUUGUCACCACAAAGAACUACAGGUUCCACUUUCUUUUGUGUUCAAAGUGCUUACAAUGCAUGUACACAUCGUUCCUCGUGAUCUCAUGUAUGAUCGAUUACAGCGACCUAGAGUGAGUAAAGAGCAUUAACGUCACAAAUUCUCAGUAAUUUUCACAGCAAAGAAUAUUUGAUAAUGGUUGCACUUAUCUUCAGUGCAGGCUAGAUGAGCGUUUUCUCAACCAGCUUCACUUGUUUUACUGUCUCAGAAAGCCCUCAAAAGGCUCUUGUAAAAACGUAGGUUAAAAUUCGGGUGAUUAUGAUUGGCAGUUGCAUAUCCUGGAAAGCAGGGUAUGAGGGUGGUUGGGAGUGGUGCCAAGUGUGUGGCCGAUUCUGCUUCUUGUAAAUACCAAAAGCGCCAACUGUAUAGUCCUAGUUCCAAAGGGAACGCCCCUUUUUAUACUCGUCCUGAAGGCGGCAGAAGUGCUGCUGGGUAUCGUCACGCGCCCCCAGGCUGAGAGCAGGUGUCCGGACGCCCUCGCCUCCAGCCCUCGCUGGGCUCCCUCCUAGGCGAGCUGCGUAGCAUACCUGCCAGGUGAGGAGGGUAGGACAGCCGGAAGCUUUCGCAGGCCUGUUUUUUCCUCUUUUUAAAUGCAGCCCCAAGUGGCAUAUUCAUGUCACCGGCUCUGUGACGCAUAUAGAACAUUCUUGGGCAACCUGUGAUUAAGACUUUCUUUUUUGAAGGCCUUUUGAGCAGGGGCUGCGCUGUCCUUCAGUGGACCCGAGAGCGAGGGGACGUUUGCGCUGGCUUGUCGUUCUCCGUGGCGUGUGGCGCAGUGUGUCUCUGGGAUGCUGGGUAGGCUCCUUCAGGUGAGAGACACUUCCUCCCCUUAAAGUCAUCAGUAGUAAAAUUCAUUCUGGGCAAACGUGGAAAAAAGUGCCUUAUUGUAUUUCUGCUCAUGAAGGAGUUUCACUAUUUUGGAUGGAUUCUAACGUGGACCUGAACUAUUUGAGCAAAUGAUACCGGGGCAUACUCAGACUUUUUAGCUAUAUUUUAUACCUAAGAUUUCCUGUGAUAUUUAUUAAUGGAAUUAAGGGAAAUAGAAGCCUGUUACCACCGGUUAAUGCGUCUGGUUAGUCCAGCGAGGACCAGAUGUGAGCAGGAAGCCCCCUGCAGCAAGGUGCCCCUCCCUCUCAGCCUUCUCUUGGGAGCUAAGACACAGGUCAUGUGAACUUGUAUCUUCUUAUUUUCACAGUUGAAAUUUUAUAUUACUUUUUCAAAUUAAGUUACCAGAACCAGAGGAGGAGAGCAUUUCAGACCCUGGGAGACUUUUUGUAGCAUUGAUUCCACUGUGGUACCGUGUGCUAGGAGUGAGCCUGGAAUGUGAAGGUGGUUGUUGAUGGCUGCUCUUCAGAAGAUUUCGGUUCCAGGAAACUAUAGGCACUCAUAGAACACACUAGAACACCGCCCCCCCCCCCCCCCCGCCCCGAGCUGAGGUGCCUGGCCACCCGUGUUCCAGAAAGCCCCUUCCUAACCCUUGGGAGGUGGUGGUGUGUGCCAGCCUGGCCCUGGGUGCUCCAGUGGAGCAUCCAGAUGGCCAGUGGCCACUGCCCACGUCCUCACAAGUAGUAGAUACAGGUGUGUUCACAGGUUAGGAGCGUAGCUUAUGUGGCUCAGUCCACAGAGAGCUGCGUUGAAGUGGUGAGUUUGGAUAGCAUGCAGGCACCACAUAGGAGAGAUCCAGACCACUUCCCCGCCCUGGGCAGCAGGAAGGCUUACAGUUAAUGGACUUAUCAUCGAGGACUUAAUGACGCAAUGAGCUGAGUUUACAAAAUUUUACCGCUUUUUGAAAUAGUCUGAGUAUGUUGUGGCUUUGAAACUAAAAAUCUGCAUGUUGUCUCUGAAAAGUAGCCAUUCAGGCAUACUUUCUUCUAGUUAGUGGUAAGAAACGAAUCCUAUUUGGGCACCUUUGUUCAAGGCAGACCUCACGGCUACUUUAAGGUCUGUUUUUGUGUUGUCUGAGUCUGACGGGUGCCCCGGAACAGGUGUGUGUCUGUAACAGUCUACACACACAGAGAAGUAAGCUUUCUCUUGACAGAAUGUUCUUGAAAGGCUUAGUCGAGCCGGGCCUUCCGGAAAGGACUGGUUUAGAAAGGCUUCCCUCGGUCGCCUCCUGAUGCACACGGCCCCUGGGCACGGGCUCUGUUAGUGCCAGCCAGGCCUGGGAACAGAGGCUUGGUUUCCUUGAGGGAAACUGGAAAAGGAAAGAAAGAAGCAGAAUUAGAAAGGAACGUUAUUUCCAUUUUCGGUGCACUUCUCGCAGUGAAAUCAGACCACCGUGAUGAGCUGAACCCUCUUGGAAGAUCUGCUGCAACCAUUAUCUUUGUUCUUUCUUUAUCAUGCAUUUAAAGGGUAUGCAGGAGCAGUUAACAUACCAUGUAAAUAUGGACCUCUUAAAACUAAAUGUUAUUGGAAAUGCUUUCAGUUCAACAGCAUCUUAGCUAUUUGUUAGUUCUUUUGUGUUGUCUUAUCAAAGUUUAAUGGAUACAGUUCCGUAAUUGUUGAUGUGUUUGUGUGUAUAUUCGAUUUUUAUAAAGAUGGUAGUAAGUCAAUACAUUUAUCCUGACCUGUGUAUUAUUUGUUCACAAAUUCAAGAAGCCAGUAAAUAUCAGUAUAUCUCAUAAGGUAAAGACAGUAGGUGACUGUGUGGACCUGAGGUGCUUUUUCUUUUUGCAUUAUAUCUUGUUUUGAUCUUAUGCUGUAAUAGAAGUUCACUUAGCUACUUACCUGAGCAUAACCUUGCACUACCGUUGGUCUGGCCACAUGGGUUAAAUUCUUAUACUGAUAUCCUUCUUAAGGAGAAAUAUCGUCUCUUUUUUCCAAAAGAAACAUUGUGGGUUCCCCCCUUUCUGGACAGGCAGCAUGCUAAGUAGGUGUCUGUGCC